GGCGCCAAGAACAAAUAACACGUUGUAAAAGACUAGGAGUAAUUACUCAGUUUACGUGAUAAUAUCUACAUUUGUGCCGAUUUAUCGUAAUCUAAAACAUUUAUAAAUAUCUAUAGACGAUAUACAGCGGAUUAGUUGAGACCAUGUCCAGACUACAGGACAACCAACCGGCGAUUACCGACUUCGUCAAAAUUCGUGCUGAUAAAAACCAAGAUGGUGGACAACUUGCACAGGACUUUGAUAAGCCAUCCUCGAUAACUAUACCCGUGAAGCGAAAUAGACGAGAAGCGGGGUUCCCAAGUAAGGACAGUGAAACUUCGCCAGUACCGUACGAUGACGUUUUUGAGAAAGCUCUUGAUGAAGCAUCCUCAGGUACAUGCACCACAGACGAUCCACAUGAUAUGGAUUCUGAGCAACCGGUAACUAUCCUCUCUCUUACUACCGUUAUGAGAACAUUACUUAAUGAAAAUAACACCCAGAUAAUGUCUCAAAUGCGUGAUAUGGUGAAGCAUGAAAUUGAAAAAUCCACGAUAAAGCUAUCUACUGAUCUAAAACAACUUCGUGAAGAAAAUGACACUCUGAAGUCCAGAAUCAUGAUAUUGGAGAAAUCCCAUACUGAUAUGACUGUUAAGCAAGAUCAGCUAGCCCUUGAGGUAAAUCAUAAUGCUCAAUACAGCAGGAAAUCCACAUUACGUGCCGUUGGGAUUGCUGAUGACAAAAAUGAGUCUGUUGAAAAGUGUAUUGACACUCUCUGUAAAACCCUAAAUGAUCACCUGCCAGCAGGAGCUAUGAUUGAACCUGACCACAUUGAAAUUGCCCACCGUUUGCCUGGAAGAGAUGGGAAGCCACGACAAAUCAUAGCCAAAUUCUUUGACCGACUUGUUAAGGACAAAGUAAUGUCAAACAAGCGCCACCUAAAAGGCACCAAUGUGAGAAUUUACCAUGAUCUCAGUCCGAGAAACAGAGUACUACUGAAAGAAGUCAAGCAGCACAACGAUAUUGAUCAAGCAUGGUACAAUAACAUGAAAGUGUAUGGUAAACUCAAAUCUGGUACAAUCAAAGUAUUCUCAAUCAACGAUAACAUUGACUCUGUCAUUGCCAGGUCUUAAUUACCUUGGUGUGCUUGGACGAUUGCCAUAACUUUCUCGUGAACAUUCCCUCACUCACCACUGUUACCCUUGUUGAUUUAAGUUAUAGAAAACGCUGGUCUCCAUGCAGAAAGUAACAUCAAUGUAUAAACUAUCAAUAUAGUUUCCUAAAAUAACCGAACAUAACUUUUCUCACUGACAAAUGAACGUCUUAAUGAGCUGCUGCUCGUGCUAAACUUGACGAUUUUCUCCAGUUUUUUUGUUUACAUCUCUCUGUCACGUGACUAUUUGACCUUCCGGAAACCGGAAGUGUGCUUUUAUCAAAUUUAUAUUUCACGUUUUUGUCUUUUGAAUCUAAAAACACGGUGAGUUCUUUUUCCUUCUGUAUAUAAUGCUGUUCUCAACGAACACCUUUGUAAAUAGAACUACUGGAGAAGUUCGUUUUUCGAAUUUUAUAUACGAGCCUGACUAACAUUUUACUAUUUAUGAUUUAUUUUUCUCCAGUAUGUAUUACUCUAUUAGAGUCUAUAUACUGUAAUGUAUAAAUGUUACAGUAGCUUGCAAGCAUACACUAUGAUUAUGAUGAAUCACAAGCAAGUUUUGUAUUGUUGCCAUGUAUUACUGUUUUUGUUUUAAUAUUGCUGCCCACUGUAUUUCAUGUGUCAUGUAGUCCAUUUUGCUGGCUACCAGGCUACUUUUUAUCCUGAAAUUGGUACUUUGCUACUGAAAUUAUGAUUCCAUAACUGAGUUGUACUUCCUAUAUCUUUGCAUCAAAAAAACCUUUGUUGCAUAACACCAUGUGUAAUGUAC